UGCUGGAUGUGAUUUCUCUCCAAUUACUCUUCUAACUGUUUACACCACUUCAAGACCUGUGCAAGUGAAAGAGUUACUGAAAGAAACUAAAUACUUUUGUUCUUCAUCUGUCCUUUGGAAGUUUACCUGCGGUAUUGUUGUCAGAGGAGGUGCAAUAAGGAGUGUGUGCCGGCGAGGACCAUGCCGGCGCUACAGAGCUCGGGUCUCCUGCUCCUUUUCAGCUUCCUAGUCGGUUCGUGCGACUCGCUAAACCCAAGAGACCCAAAUGUGUGCAGCCUGUGGGAAAGCUUUACCACGUCAGUGAAAGAAUCAUACUCGCAUCCAUAUGACCAAGUGUCUGAGGUGCCUUGCUCCGACCCUCGCACCUCCUACAGAUGCACUCGCCACAGGAUCACCUACAAGACGGCCUACAGACAAGCGGUGAAGACUGACUAUCGGAAACGAUACCAGUGCUGCCCUGGCUACUAUGAGAGCAGAGACAAAUGUGUUCCCCGCUGCACAAAAGAGUGUGUCCACGGUCGCUGUGUCGCACCUGAUCGCUGUCAGUGUGAAGGAGGCUGGCGAGGAGAUGACUGCUCCAGCGCCUGUGAUGACAAACACUGGGGUCCCAGCUGCAGUCAACAGUGUAAGUGUGAGAACGGAGCCCUCUGUGAGCCCAUCAAAGGAUCCUGCCAGUGUCCCCGGGGCUUCAUCGGGCGCCACUGUGAGGAGUCCUGUCCCGCCGGGUCGUACGGGAAAGGCUGUCUGCAGAGGUGCAAGUGUGGCGCUGGAGGCUCCUGUGACAAAGCCACCGGAGAGUGUUUGUGCCGGGAAGGCUUCACCGGAACACUAUGUGAGAAGACAUGUUCACGUAAGUGCCAGGCGCGAUGUCCCUGCCAGAAUGGAGGGAUCUGUCGCGGUAAAGGCAUCUGUGCUUGUCCUCCUGGCUGGACGGGAGACGUUUGCACGGAGCGCUGCCCCGAGGGAAGGUUCGGCCCCAACUGCGCCGAGGAGUGUGUCUGCCACAACAGAGGCAAAUGUGACCCUGAAACCGGACAGUGUCAGUGUGCCAAAGGUUUCACAGGAAGCAGGUGUAACGAAGAGUGUCCGGUGGGCAGCUACGGUCAGGACUGCAAAGGCGUGUGCGACUGUGCUAACGGCGCUCGCUGUUACAACAUCGACGGAGGCUGCCUGUGUGAGCCGGGCUUCAGAGGUCCUCACUGCAGGGAGAGGAUGUGUGCUCAUGGAAAAUACGGCAUGCACUGCGAACGGACGUGUCUCUGCCAGGACAAACACACGCUCAGCUGCCACCCAAUGAAAGGCGAAUGUACGUGCCAGCCAGGUUGGGCAGGACUCUACUGUAAUGAAACAUGUGCGCGAGGUUUCCAUGGCGACGGCUGCCUGGAGCCUUGUUUGUGUGUGAACGGAGGCGUGUGUGACAGCGCCACCGGCAAAUGCCAGUGUGCCCCCGGGUACACGGGUCUUCACUGCGAGAGUCCCUGCAAAAGCGGAACAUAUGGGAAGAACUGCACUCUCGAGUGCGCCUGCAAGAACUUCAUCGACUGCUCACCGGUUGAAGGGACUUGUUUCUGCAAAGAAGGCUGGAGAGGGUCAGACUGUUCAACCCCCUGCUCAGAGGGGACGUGGGGUCCAGGAUGUAACUCCACCUGCCACUGUGUCAAUGGGGCAAAGUGUAACCCUGCAGAUGGAUCCUGCACCUGCGCAGCCGGAUGGAAGGGGGCGCUCUGCGACAAGGCUUGUCCGAUGGGCACGUUUGGACCGGGCUGCCUGAAGAGGUGUGACUGUGUUCACGCCGACGGGUGCCAGGCGGCGAGCGGGGAGUGCCACUGUCUGCCAGGUUGGUCCGGUCCUCGCUGCAGUGAGCCAUGCUCCGAGGGUCUGUGGGGGCGCCACUGCAACCAGACCUGCUUCAAACACUGUCCCAACAGCGACACCUGCCUGAGGGAGACUGGGACGUGUGUGUGUCGACCCGGCUACUGGGGAAUGACCUGUCAGAACAAAUGCAGGUCUGGAAUGUACGGCGACCAGUGCAGCAUGCCUUGCCCGUCCUGUGGGAUGUCGUACCGCUGUAACCAUGUGACCGGGGAGUGUGACUGUCUCCCUGGGUACACCGGUCCCCACUGCGAUCAUGUGUGUCCGCCUGGAUAUUUCGGGAAAGGAUGCACUGAAGUUUGCGUCAGCUGCGCCAACAACUCCACAUGUGACCACAGAGAUGGCCACUGCGAGUGCUUGCCCGGCUGGACGGCCACCGACUGCUCCAUACCCUGUAGUCCCGGACGCUUCGGCUCUUUCUGCACUCAAACCUGCUCCUGCUCUCCCAACUUCCUGUGCGACAGAUUCACGGGAGACUGUGUGUGUGAGUCAGGAGAGGACUGUAAACAAGACUCGCUGGAGCAGACAGGCAGCGUGAUGGUUCCUCUUCCUCCGGGUGAGAAGGAGUCGUGGGGAGCCAUCAGCGGAAUCGUGGUCCUGGUCCUCCUGGUGGUCCUCCUGCUGGCUCUGCUCCUGCUCUAUCGCCGCAAGCAGAAGGACAAGCAGAACAACACCCCCGCUGUCUCCUUCUCCACCAGUCGCACCGUCAACUCUGAAUACGCCGUGCCAGAUGUUCCCCACAGCUACCACCACUACUACUCCAACCCCAGUUACCACACGCUGAGCCAGAACCGACCGCCGCUGCCGCACCUGCCCAACAACCACGACCGCACCAUCAAGCAGAACACCAACAACCAGCUGUUCUGCAGCCUGAAGAACUCCGACCGAGAGAGGCGAGGACUCUUCGGUGUGGAGACCAACGCCACUCUCCCUGCUGACUGGAAACACCAAGAGCGUCGCAAAAACUCAGGAGCUUUCGGGAUCGACCGCAGCUACAGCUACAGCGCCAGCCUCGGGAAGUACUACAACAAAGAGCUGAAGGACGUGGUGGCGGUCAGCAGCAGCUCCCUGAACAGCGAGAACCCCUACGCCACCAUCAAAGACCUGCCCGGCCCGCCCUUCUUCGCCCAGGAGAGCAGCUACAUGGAGAUGAAAGCGGCCGUGCCCCGAGAGCGAGCGUACACCGAGAUCAUGCCGCCAUUCAACCCUGCAUCCUUAAGAAGAGAGCGUCAGCGUUCCCUCGGCCAUGAGGACCCGCAGGGCCACUACGACCUCCCAGUCAACAGCCACAUUCCCGGACACUACGACCUCCCCCCUCUCCGACGCCCCCCCUCGCCCUGCAGGUCACCUCACUGACCUGCUCGCCUUGAAAAUGCUUGACGUUUUUAGUGAAGCACCUUCAGAGAAAAGCUGUUCACUGCCACGCUUUUGACUCAACACUGCCUCUCUGUGGCGACUGCUGGUACUUUUCUCCCCAUGGCAGACUUGUCAUCCCCAUUUGGGGCGUGGGAAGGCCGGCUGGACUGAGUUACCUCCCAUGAGGCCACCAGAGACUAAAAGGGAGCAUUGUUGGAGUGUUUGAGAGCCUGACAUCAUGCUGCAUCUGUUUCAUCGCCGAAAGAAUCAAAAAACUAACUAUUCUCUUCCCCAAAAUAACAUGAUCUGAGAGGACAUUACCACAAAGGUGAUUCCAGUUUUGCCUUGACCCUCCUCGCUGCUGAAGCAACACAGAUCAGUUGUACAUUACGACCACCUCCCCGAGUGCCUUAGCUGGCUUCACUCUUCAGCAGUGGUCAGUACCUAAAAUGGAGUCCAGGGAAGGAGAUAGUUAUGGCUGCAGCAUUUUUUUUUUACCUCAUAUAUGAUCUGGGCUCUGUAAAUGUUGUUAUUCAAAACCAAAAAAUAUCUCCAGGAAUGUUUAAAACUCACUCUCUAAUGAACAUUUCUUAUGAUUCCAAUAAACCAAAGCUGAGAGCCGCUACUUUUAAGUGUUUUCGAUUUACCUUAACAGAUACAAGCUAUUAAGUAUGUCUGAGCAGAGCUUUAUAGCGACCCGAGCGCGUCUGUAAAUAUGAACGGCUGGCGGAAGCCUUUCAACAGGGCAGCUCCAUGAAUGUAACAACCAAAGUUCUCUCACAAACCGUUGAUUCCAGCUUGUUGAAGAAUCAAUGUUGUGCAAAAGUGAUGUUUUGAAAUACAUAUCAAAGUAUUCAGCUUCAAAUGUUGCUUCCGCAUCCUGAGUUUUCAUUGCUGUACAAAUGAACUUCAUCACAUUCAGCAGGUAGCGUAUCUGUAUUUUAUUUGAACUUUCAGUUAUAUCUCUUUUCUCCACCGUGUUAUUACGAUGCCUUCGAGUGCCGUAAGAAUAACAGUGCCAGAUGAGUUUCUCUCUCAGUUGAACUGGGAAGUUAAGAUAGGAGUCUUUACCAAAAAGGGAAUUCUGGGCAUCUGUCUGCUGCCCCCACGACCCAAGCGGAUAAAUUCACCACUGUCAUUCCAGGUUUUUUUCAUUUAAGUAAGAUCAAGUCAAGAGACUAUUCCAAAGAGCACCUGAAUGCACCAUGCACCAGUAUUGUCUGCUUGUCUUCAACAUUAAUACGUUUGUGUGUAUGUUGUGAACACACUUUAUACCCUGUAUGUUGAA